CAAUCGAACCCGAUCAGAGACACACACGGAGCCGUCCGUCAGUAAAGAAGCAAAAGUCAGCCAUGGGGUGCUCCUGCUCGAGGCCAUCGGAAUACGAAGGAUCCACGCCGAGUCCACUGCAGGCGGGCAUUGCCCCACCGCGCGUCCAGCGGCGACGCCAACAGGAGGAAAAGCGGAUGCGUCAGCUGCAGAAGCUCCAGAAGCGCAAUGCCCGCAGGCGACAGCAAAAGCGAGGAUCGAGCGGUGGUUCAUCAGGAUCAAUACGACGCCGCCGUAUUAGCGGCAAACCGAGCCAGGAUCUGGCCCUGCAGCUGCGUCUGCUGGGCGGCAGUAAUGGGAGCAGUGCCACCGAGUGUGUAAGUGCGUUGUAUGCCCGCACCUUGGAGCACCAGCGGGAGGAGCUGCAGCGCACAAUCGAGCAAAAGACACUGCAACAGCUGGACAAGGAGCUGCCCACGUUCCUGCUCAACCAACUGCUCCUGGGCCUGCAGUUCUUCGCGCACUUUGAUGCCGAGAUGGGGGCCAUGGACGAGGAGCUGCAGGCUCAGAGGCGUGCCUGUGGCCAGUCCCUCACCGAGCACAGCCUUCUGCAGGCCAGCGCCAUAGAUGUGACCGUGUCCAAGCAUCUGCACUUUAAGCCCAUAGCUGCGAAGCACUCCCAGCCCCUGCAGAAGCCCCUGACGUAUGUGGUGUUCGAGAACGUGGACAUAUCACGGCCCAACGAUGCCAACUACGACUCGAUUGCCACCCUCUGCAAGGUGUUGCUGGAGUCCGACUACUACACAUCCACGCCCUGCCGAUCCGAGUACGUUCAGCUGAUGGAGCAGUCCCGCUGGAUGGGCUAUGUGCGGCUGAAGCUCAGGGAGCAGGCCCACGAUCCGGCACACCCACUCGUUCCGAUUGGGGCCAUGCCCGCCAGCAGCGGCGAUGAGGGGGAGGGCGAUGGCAUCUACACGGACGGUGGAGGAUCGACAUCCGGCUACAGUUCGGGCAGCUGGCGGGAGGGUGACUACGACCACGUCUAUCUGGCACGCCUCAACACUCUCCGGUCCAUGGAGGAGCUGAGAAUGGGCAGCGCCACUCCGCUGGAGAGGAACGUCCUGCCGGAGGGAUGCGUAUGCCGGCUGGCCAGCUGCCUGCCCGCCUGGCUGGAGCAAUCAGACGACGAAGACGACGACGACGACGACGAGGAGGAGUUGUCCGGCAACAGCGAUGGGGAGGAGGCUGCCAAAGAAGAGGCUCCAGAGGAGGGUCCACGUUCCGCCUACGAGACCGUCCAGGUGCUACGGCAGUGCCGUGUGGAGCAGCAACGCCGUCAGGCCCUGCUCCAGCAGAGUUACCUCAGCUCCGAUCAGUUCAUGAAGUACUUUGGGGAUCUUCUGCGGCAGCAGCUCUCCCGAGAGCUGCAGAUCCCCCCCUCGCUGCUGGCGAGUGGCAGCUAUAGGGGAUGCAGCGUGUACACGGACAGGGAGGAGCUGGUGCCGGCCAUCCAUGUGCCCAACGCCUGGCCCGACUGUGCCUUCGAGUUCAAUCUGAGGGCGCGCCCGCGUCUUACCAAUCUGCACACCGACGAGAAGUUCCAGUGGCCCACGGAGCAGAUGAGGAACCGCAUUCGCUCCUUUGGCUUCCAUGUGGUCCCAGUGGGGUAUGCGCCGAAGCAUUCUCGGAAUCCCUUCCGGGAGCUCGAGUGGCGCAUCGUCUUCCCCCAGGCGGAACAGUUCCUCGAGCGCCAGCUGACGGCCAUGCAGCUGAAGGUGUUCCUCCUGAUGAAGGUGCUCGUGCGUACCUUUGUGAGCGACAAGUGCCAGGCCAUGGGCUCCCUGGUGGAGCAGCUGCGAGCGCAUCUCUUCUGGCAGUGCGAGCGGCACAGCAACGACUGGCCCGAGGAGUUUCUCGGGGAGCGGCUGCUGCGCUUUGUCCGCUCCUUCGACGAGUGCCUGGCCCGGAAGCACCUCAGCGACUACUUCAUCGAGCGGCGCAACCUGUUCGAGCAUGUCCCGGAGGACGCACUCAUGGAGCUGCGCUCCAUCAUGGCCGGGAUUGCCGAACAGCCGCUCCUCCAUCUCGUGCAAGCGUUGCGCAACAUCGAGCAUGCCCCCGACUUCUAUCCCAAGAUGGAUUACAAGCGGCUGCUGGACAACUUCUUCUGCCAGGACUACCUGCAGCUGCACAGCUGGGGCAAGUUCUCCCGCUCGGCCAACUCCAUCCUGCAGCAGGUGCACCAGCAGCAACAGCAGCAGGAUGAACAGCAGCAGCAGCAGCAGGAAAAGCAGCGAGAGGAGGUCACCGAUGCCCGGGGACUCCUCGGCAUGCCGCAGCACCAGGAGCGCUCACGGGGCAAGCUGCGGCGCAAGACCCAAAUGCUGCGAGCCUCCAGCCAGCAGCUGCAACAGUUGACCGAGCAGCGGCGUCCUUCCCAGGACUCAUCGAUGGAUAUGUCCAUGCAGUUGCUGCUAGCGAGCUCGCGCAGCCUUCAGGACACUCCCCAGUCGCAGUCCCACGACGGGCCGCAGCUGAACAACGGCCUGGAGAUACUGCGGCGCACCAAUCUGCUGGAGCUGCUGAUCGACCAUAUGCUGGCCAUGCUGGCCAAGGCCACACAGUUUGGCAAUCGGCUGCAUGCGGAGCUCUUUUUGGAGCAGGCCCAGAGGUUGUGCCGACUGUACCAGAAGCUCGGAUGCUCCCAGAAUGCCCAACACUAUGUGGAGGAGCUGCAGCAGGCGUCUGGGCGCAUUGAGCGGAUGUGUGUGGCCGGUGCAGAGGCUCCGCCGGCCCUACCACGACGCAGCUUCUCCGGAUCAAUCAGAUGUUCGCCAUCGCCAGCGCCGUCGCCCCAUCCUUCUCCGUUGACUCCCCAGCAGCGUCGCAAGUCCAUUAAAUUCAUGGAGCACGUAGUGCAGAUCCACUCACCCGAUCCCAUGUCCAGGCAGGUCCUGCCCCUGCCACACAACACACCACCGGGCAUCCUGAAGGGAAACACACAGCCCAAACCAGAGGGCGAGGUGCAAGAGAUUAAGGAAGACCCAGCCCAAACAAUGGAGAGCAUUCUUUCGCUCAACACUCUGCUGCAGCGCCUCAACGUGGACCCGGACAGACUACAGACCCUGAGCAGUAAGACGGAGCAGGUCAUCCAGACCCUGGCACCAUCGGAGGCGACGCGCGAAGAGCUUCGCGACAUCCUCAAGCGGAACACGCAGAAGAUCAAAGAAGCCUUCAACUGAAUCCAACCCCAAUCCUAAGCAAUAUAUACUCGUAUAUUCGUUGAUAUCCAUAUCUGUAUUUGUAAGUCCCCCACUCAAAGAUAAGGCCCAUCGAGUACUCCUCUGGAAGAACCCGUACCUUGUGCUACUAAAUCCAUUUGGAAUACUUAAGAGAGCUCAAGUGAUUAUGAGAGGGUUUCUGUUUCACUUUGACUUAAGGUAUAAUAUCAAAGUUAUUCCAAUAGGCCGAUUAAAGCACUACUUAAUACUAUCUUCCAUGUCUGAAGAUGUACAGAUAUCUAUGUAAAUAUUUACAAUAAAAUAAAAUACAACGAAAUUCAGA